GUCCGACGCCACGGCCGCGCGAUCGAGCUCGUCGACUUCGUAGAUACUGCAGGACAUUGUUCUUCGUCAUUUCUUCGUUUGACGGAGCGCAAGAUACGGGAAGCGAACCGUUGAAUCGCCGCCUAUUGUUCGCGCCUGCCUGCGAUAUACAUCGAGUGAGUAAAGAAGAGCCGCGAACGCGUCGAGCAGUGGUCAACGCGUGUGCUUUGCGUGUGAAUUUACGCGUUUAUUCGUGAUAUCGAAGUGACGGAAUCGGAAGUGAGAAUGUUCCGCGCGUCGAAUUACCUUUCACGCCGCCGACCCGAGUGUUACGGACGAUCGUGUUCCGCGUGGAAUGGUCGAUUGCUCAUCAACGUGCGUAUUUUCCGUGGAUAUACGUGAUGCCCGUUCUACACCUAACCUAACCUAGGGAUGAUCCUACUUGUGGUUAGAUCUGUGGUUAGAUACUACUUGUGGAGCGCCGUGCUGCAUUGAAAUGAGACAGAAUACAAUCGAACGUCGAGCAAAGAGAGAAAAGAGAUCCCCUAUGCGGUAUGUUCACAGCUGCAAAGGGUAAAUAAGGGAAGAUGGAAUCGCCGAUGUCAGCCGAGAACAUCGUGACAGCGGUGGUGGGGAUAGAGUGAGGAUGGCCGCCGUGCCGCACACAAGCUACGUGCCGUAUAUGUGUGCGCACGUAUGCAGCACGUGGCGUGUGUGCGGCACAGAAGCCAUCCCACUUUAUCCCCAUCACCGCUGUCGCCAUGUAACGGACGUUCUCGCGAUUAUCCUGUCGAAAGUCACGGAUACAAUUGCGUCUACCAAUCGGUCGUAGUGGCCGUGUCGGCUCAGCGAUUGAGCCGGGAGCCAUUGGAUAGAAGAAGAAGAAGAAGACCAAUCGGUCGUUGCUGUUGGAAGUAGGCGACGGUCACUUUUUCGCAAAGAUUAAGGAUGGCGAAGGACUCGCGUUACUUCGAGAGGUUGCGGUGCAAGGGGCGCUACAUCGACGCCGGUAUCGAGAAACUCUCCGAGGCCUGGAGGAUGCCGGACCUCCUCAUGGGCGGCUACGGGGAGCGCACGGCCGAGACGGAUGCCUGCCUCGAGCAAUUGUGGGAGUCCGUCCGGAGUACCGAUGCUGCGGUAGAAAAACUUAAGUCAGACUUGAAACCGUCCCUGGACGAGACGGAUCGGCUGCUGGAGGAGUCGCAAGCGGAGUAUGAAGACCUGAAGGCGCAGUGCAACGACUUGGACAUUGUCCUGGCGGAAUACGGCUAUCGUUACGAAGAGAAUAACGGCGGCUCGGAAGACCAUUCACGAAACAGCAGCAACGAUGCCACUGGCAGUUUCUUAACUACCGAAGGGAUGCCCGACGUGGAGGUCGAGUUCACGCCGGACCUGUCGUGGAAGUGCAAGGCUAGAUCCAAGGACUCGGACAGUUUCAACGCAAAUCGGAGGAAUCCGAUUGUCAAGAGUAUCGCAACGCCUGUAAUCAAAAGUCUGGAGUCAGCUCUGCACUCGGAGAGUCUUAAUAAGACAGGAUCGCUCGUGAGAAACGCGUCUGUGCAAAAAUCGAACGGCUCGAAACAAAUUACGAGAGUAUCGAGGAGAUAAUCUUGAUCUCGCGCAUACUUUCUGUUUCUCGGUAACGUAAGAAAAAAGUUGUCCAGGGCAUUGUAACAGCACGAUAAACGAUAGAAAUACUCAUUACGGAGUAGAUAUAAGUUAAUUUAAAUUUAUCUUAAUCCUCGUUUCAAAUCAUUAAACUGCAAACGCAUGCGUUUAUACGUUGUUAAUAUAUGAAGGCACUCUAGUUGAGGUUAUAUUAUGAUUUUGCUUCAGUUAUUAUGCAAUGAAGGAGGUUACAGUUGAAGCGAAAAAAGAACCUAGGGUUUUUGCACGUAUCUUUUAUAACAAAGAAUUUUGUAACAGAAGUUUUCUAAUAAAGCAUCGAAAAAAAGUAAAA